UUAUUUUUGUUGUGUGGUGUUUAUUUUCAAUCUAUAGAAAAAGGUUAAUCCCUUGUUUUUCUUUAUAUCAUCAAUAUUUGAUUUUCUUUUCUUUAUUGAUAAAUCUGUGGAUCGACCUGGACUUCGAAUUUUCUGAUUUUCUCUUUUUAAACUGUUAACCAGAGAGAAAAAAAAGAGAGAAUGGGAUUGGAGUCAGCUGGUGGGUUCUUUGAAAAAUACUGAACUUUCGAUCUUGACUUCAAAAUUGAAACCCAAUUGCUGAUCAAAAUUGGGGUUUUGUUACUUUUUGGAGUUUUGGGUGGCUUCUAUUUCAAUGGAGCUAUUAGGGAUAAUAGUAAAUUUUGGGGUAAAAAAAGUUCGAUUCCUUUUUUAAGGGGAUAGUUAUGGAUGAAGCUGGUCCUAGUAAUCAAAGCGAGCCUCGGAGGGCCUCCGAAUUGGGCUCAGAUGAAGUGUCCGUCGUGCAAUGGAGGCCAAGUCGGCUGGUUUUUGAACCUUACUCACCCAGAAAUGAAGCUGAUAGGAAGCCGCAUGUUUUUGUUAGGAUGCCUUUGGUGGCAAGACUGACUAAGGACAUAAUUGAAACUUACCAAAUAUGCAAUCCACAAUUUAAAUAUUUGGAAGAAUUGAACCCAAAGCGGUUUUUGACUAGUCCGUCUGUUGGCAUCCUCAAUGGUGGUUAUGACAAUGUGAAUUCAGAUCUUAUCCUAUCAGUGAACUUUGUCUUGAUCAAUUCAGAAGCACAGCGAAGAUAUAUUGUCAAAGAUGUUCUUGGUCAUGGGACUUUCGGUCAGGUUGCGAAAUGCUGGGUUCCGGAAACAAACAGUUUUGUUGCUGUGAAGAUAAUUAAAAAUCAACCUGCUUACUAUCAGCAGGCUCUGGUUGAAGUUUCUAUUUUGACAACGUUAAACAAAAAGUAUGAUCCGGAAGACAAGCAUCACAUUGUCCGUAUUUAUGAUUUCUUUGUAUAUCAACGUCAUUUGUGCAUUUGUUUUGAACUUCUUGACACCAAUCUGUAUGAGCUUAUCAAGAUAAAUCAUUUUAGGGGUUUGUCACUGAGCAUUGUUCAGCUGUUCUCAAAACAGAUUUUACGUGGACUGGCUUUAUUAAAAGAUGCUGGAAUAAUUCAUUGUGAUCUAAAACCAGAAAAUAUUCUUCUGUGUACAAGUGUGAAGCCAGCAGAAAUUAAAAUAAUCGACUUUGGAUCUGCUUGCAUGGAGGAUCGAACUGUUUAUUCCUACAUUCAGAGCCGGUAUUAUAGGUCUCCCGAAGUUCUUCUUGGGUAUCAAUAUACAACAGAUAUAGACAUGUGGUCCUUUGGCUGCAUUGUUGCCGAACUCUUUUUAGGGCUGCCGUUAUUCCCAGGUGCUUCAGAAUUUGAUCUUCUAAGGCGAAUGAAUGGAAUACUUGGAGGACAACCACCUGAUUAUGUUUUAAAGGAGGCAAAAAAUACAAGUAAGUUCUUUAAGUGCAUUGGAAGUAUCCACAAUAUAGAGAACAGUGAGGUCUCCAGUGGUGGCAGAAGUGCUUACCAAGCAUUAACAGAAGAAGAUUACGAAGCUAGGGAGCUAAAGAAACCGUUGAUUGGGAAAGAGUAUUUCAAUCAUAAGAACCUUGAAGCAAUUGUUACAAACUAUCCUUACAGGAAGAACUUGCCUAAAGAAGAUAUCAUUAAAGAGAGUCAAAUACGAUUAGCUUUGAUUGAUUUCUUGAGGGGAUUGGUUGAGUUUGAUCCUGCAAAACGGUGGUCACCCCUCCAGGCUUCAAAACACCCAUUUGUUACUGGGGAACCUUUCACAUGCCCGUACAGACCUCCCCCUGAAGCAUCUCGCUUGCCUGUUGCUCAAAACAUAAAGGUGGAUCAUCACCCUGGUGGAGGGCAUUGGUUUGCAUCUGGUCUUUCUCCUAAUAUUCCGAACAGGAACAGAGCUUCCUUUCAUAAUAGCCCACACUUCUCAAUGGUGUCAUAUGGCCAUGCUAAUAGCUAUGGCAGUAUAGGAAGUCAUGGUAGCUAUAACGAUAAUACUGGGCUUGGGAGCAGCUACGGGAGUUAUGGAGAUAGUACUAAUAUGUUUGCAUAUUAUUCACCUGUUGGUCCAUCAGCAAUGAACAUGCAUCCACAGAGUGGUGCAUCAAUGCUUGGAAGUAGCCCUGAUGCUAGACGAAGAAUUAUGACGUACUCUCAUGGGAAUGGACUUGGUGUGAGUCCAUCAGCUGGAAACUUUGCAGCACUUCCCCUUGGAACUAGUCCCUCGCAAUUCACUCCUCCAAGCUCAUAUGGUCAAAUUUCAGGUGGCUCUCCUGGACACUAUGGUCCUACUUCUCCCGCAAGAAACAGUUGUCAAGGAUCACCUUUAAGUAAGAUGGCUGCAGCUGGGCAGUUUAAUAGAAGAAAAGGUUGGGGAUAUUCUGGGAAUUCCCAAUCUCAAGAGAGUUCAUCAUCUUCGAAUUGGCAAGGACAAGUAACUGAUGGCCCCAUUUCUAGCCAGACUGAGGGAAAUCCUCAAGUAGUUUGUGGUCUAUCCUCAAAUGUACAAUCAAAUUCUAGCACAGCCAACUGGAAGCAACAGCGAGGUGGCAUUGGAAUGGCUACGAGUUACUCAGUUGUUCAGAAUAUACCGAACUCCAUAGGACUUGGUUCUAAUGUGCAACUCCAGUAUAGCUCAAGAACAACUCAAGAUAAGUCAGAGGCCAGCAUGCCAUUACCUGAUCCUGGAGAUUGGGAUCCAAAUUAUAGUGAUGAAUUACUUCUGCAAGAGGAUGGAUCAGAUGAGAGCUGCUUCUCAGCUGACUUUAACAGAGGAAUGCAUAUUGGUUCGGCUGAUUCGUUUGUUGGAGUUGGAAGAUUCAACCUUGCCUUAGCCACAAGCUUAAAUUUACCAAUUCAAAGACAAAAUGGUCCCAUAGGAUUUUCACAUGUAGAAAUGGGUAGUCCUCCAGCUAAUGAUUGGCACACUGGAUAUCCUCGUUUCAUUUCAAAGCAAUCUCACUUCAUGCCGCAUAUGACGCAAAAUUCUCUGAGCCGGUUGGGGCAGCAAACCCUUCCGCGAUUCAAUCAUGGGAGAUCCACUGGCCCUCGAGGUAAUGAAUGGAAUCAGAUGAAAGUACAACUCCCUCCUCCUAGCUUUAAUUCAGGGGGACAACAUUCUCCUGGGAAUAGUUCAUUAAGUAAUGGCAUGCCAUGGGGGCGUAGGGCCAACCAUCCCAUCUCGAAUAUCCCACCAGCAUCUCGUGGAAGAAAGGACUAUGAAAGGAUUGCAUAAUGUUGAAUCAACUUAAUUUUUUUAUGGCGUGGGAUUAUGUUUUGGGUGUUUGUCAAGGAAACUUGUACUAAAUAGUUCACUUAAUUAGUGAGCUCAUUAUAUAAGCAAAUGCUCAUCCAGACCAUGCUUAUUCGUUGUGCUUUGCAUAAAUAUAGUUCAUGGUGAUUGUUUUGCUUGUCUUCCUACA